AGCAGUCAGUUUCUUGUUACAUAUUCAGCACAUCCAACAGGGUAUGAGGUGGAUUCUUCAGCAGCCAUAGGUCUAUAACAAAACCACCUUUAUCCAUAAUCUCCAACACCCUUUUCCUCAUCAUCCUCCUCCUCCAUCCCCAAUACCCCUCCAGAAAUGCUGAGUCUGAAAUGGGUCUUUGUUCUUCAAAUCUUGUUCACUCUGAUCUAUCUCAAUACACCCGCUUCUUCUUCUGAUCCACUUGUUCAGCAACGGUUGGACAAGGUCCAGCACCUACCUGGCCAGGCCUUUAAUAUCUCGUUUGCUCACUAUUCUGGGUAUGUCACGGUCAAUGAGGACUCUGGGAGGGCUCUCUUCUACUGGUUCAUUGAGGCUGCUGAAGACCCUUCUUCUAAGCCUCUGGUUCUUUGGCUUAAUGGAGGGCCUGGAUGUUCAUCCAUUGCUUAUGGGCAGUCAGAGGAAAUAGGCCCUUUUCACAUUAAAGAAGAUGGCAAGACCCUUUAUUUGAAUCCAUACUCUUGGAAUCAAGUUGCCAAUAUUCUAUUCCUUGACUCCCCUGUUGGAGUUGGCUUUUCAUAUUCAAAUACUUCUUCAGACGUGUCAACAAAUGGAGAUAUAAGGACUGCUAAGGACUCAUUAGCAUUUUUGUUAAAGUGGUUUGAGCGUUUUCCACAGUAUAAAGGAAGAGACUUCUACAUCACAGGAGAGAGUUAUGCAGGGCAUUAUGUUCCUCAGCUAAGCCAAGCUAUUGUAAGGCACAACUCAGCAACUAAGGCAAAAUCAAUUAAUCUAAAGGGUUACAUGGUGGGAAAUGCUCUGACUGACGAUUUCCAUGACCACUUGGGGGUUUUCCAGUUUAUGUGGUCAGCUGGUAUGAUUUCUGAUCAAACAUACAAGCUACUGAAUGUGUUCUGUGACUUUCAGCCAUUUAUACACUCCUCAGCAUCAUGUGAUAAGAUUAUGGACAUUGCAAGUGAAGAAAUGGGGAACGUUGACCCAUACAGCAUUUUUACUCCUCCUUGCAGUGUCAAAGUUGACUUUUCAAAUCAGCUAAUGAAAAGAUUGAUUAGGGUUGGUCGCAUCAGCCAGAGGUAUGAUCCAUGCACAGAGCAGCACUCAGUUGUAUACUACAACCUACCUGAGGUUCAACAGGCACUUCAUGUUUAUACUGAUAAUGCACCAUCUAAAUGGGCAACCUGCAGUGAUGAGGUUUCUGCUACUUGGAAAGAUUCUCCCAAGACAGUACUUGACGUUUAUCGUGAACUUAUACAUGCGGGACUCCGUAUUUGGAUAUUCAGUGGUGAUACAGAUGCCAUAAUCCCAGUUACAUCCACCCGGUACAGUGUAGAUGCUCUCAAGCUUCCAACGGUGGGCCCAUGGCGUGCUUGGUAUGACGAUGGACAGGUGGGAGGAUGGAGCCAAGAGUAUGCGGGGCUUACUUUUGUUACAGUGAGGGGAGCAGGGCAUGAAGUUCCUCUGCAUAAACCCAAACAAGCUCUCACACUUGUCAAGGCCUUCUUAAAAGGAACCUCAAUGCCCUCCUUGGAGCAACUGGCUGAUUCUUGAAUUUUUUAAGCAAAGCUUUGUAUUGGAAGAAAGAAAAGCUGCCAUGGACAUGAAGAAGUGGACUGAAAUCAGGAAAUUCAAAGCCUGCAACAUUCUUAAAAACAUCUUAUGUGGCUCCUGCUUUCUAUUUUUAACUCACUUUUUUAGGGAUUUGUAAAAAAUAAACUUGUCACAAACAUUGUGGGUUUUUACAGGGAUGUUCAAAAUUCCAAAAACAGCUUCUAAGUUUCUGCCAUCCACCAUCUGCUUGGAAGGAUUCUAUCAAAUAUGAUGGGAUUGCUUGGAAAAUUAUCUUUAGACCUCAAGCAUGUUUUCCUUGAAAAUAUUCACCUAAUAUAAACAAUUUGUGAUUGAAAAUAAAUAUUACUCUGUUGUAAUAA